UUCUUUUGUCCUUUCUAAUCUAAUCAACCCCCCUGAUUUCAAGGGGGUGGGGCCGGGCCUUAUUUCGUUCCAAUCAAAUCAAGCCACGUAUGCGGGAGCAUGGAUGGCCGCACGCGAGGGGAGCAGGCAAGUCUCGUCCGUACGCUCUGCACCGCCUAUCUCCUAAGUUAGCCUUUAUCUUUAUCUUUAUAUUUGGAUUACAAUAUAACAUGGAUAAUGAAGAAUGAAAAAUCACAUGCGUGUGAGUUUAAUAACUUCCCUAGCCCGCCUUCGCUUCCAAGGUAGCCGGCCAUACAUUUUCUAUGUAUAUAAUCAGCUAAAGAAACACUUCACUACGAAGUAACCUAGAGAUUAGUCAAGUCAACUCCUCGCAAAAAUGUAAUCAAAUGAACAUGCGAUGUGUGCACAUUUGUGAAGUUUUACUGAUUUGACCGUACGUACACAUUUAAAAACGGCACAUUAUACAUGUAAACGUUACUUGGCGCGCAUAAAGCAUCACGCAUGACGGAUCGACUGAUUACCGCCUCCCAGAUCCCAACCCAAGCACCAUAUAUGCACCUCCUCCCAGCUCAAGUUCCCAAACAAAACACAAGGUAGAAAGAGCCAAACCUUAACAAAUCUCACAAGCUACACAGGCACAAUCCAGUCUGAGAUGGCCGAAGGAGGAGAUGAGCUGAAGCUGCUGGGGUCAUGGUCGAGUCCGUUUGUCACGAGAGCCAAGCUUGCGCUCGCCAUCAAGGGCCUGAGCUACGAGAACGUCGACGAGGACGUCCACAACAAGAGCGACCUCCUCCUCGGCUCCAACCCCGUGCACAAGAAGAUCCCCGUGCUCAUCCACAACGGCGUCCCCGUCUGCGAGUCCAUGAUCAUCGUGCAGUACAUCGACGAGGCGUUCGCGGGCACCGGGCCGCCGAUCCUCCCCGCCGACCCCCACGAGCGCGCCGUCGCCCGUUUCUGGGCGGCCUACGUCGACGACAAGCUGGUGUCCCAGUGGACGAACUCGUCCAGGAGCAAGAGCAAGGCGGGGGCCGAGGCGAUGACGGAGAUGCUGGUUGCCGUGGAGGCCCUGGAGGGAGCCCUGAGGGAGUGCUCCAAGGGGAAGGGCUUCUUCGGCGGCGACGGCGUCGGGCUGGUGGACAUCGCGCUGGGGAGCAUGCACUCGUGGCUGAUGGCGAUCGAGGCCAUGUCCGGCGCCAAGGUGUUCGACCCCGCCAGGACCCCGCUGCUGGCGGCGUGGAUGGAGCGUUUCGGCUCGCUUGAUGCGGCCAGGGCGGUCCUGCCGGACGUCGGCAGGGUGGUGGAGCUCGCCAAGAUCAGGCACGGACAAGCUGCCGCAGCUUCAACUUCAAACAACAAGUAGCUAGUCGGCAUGGUGGCAUGACCUACGUGUGUGUGUGUGUGAACUGUGAAGUGGGCCGAUGAUGGCCGGUGUUUACCUUUUGAUUCUUGUUUGUACUGUGUCAGCGGGUUGAUGUAAUACUUACUACUCCUUCCGUCCCAAAUUACUCGUCGCUGAAAUGAAUGUAUCUAGAACUAAAGUACAUCUAGAUACAUCCAUACGUGCGACAAGUAAUUCGGAAUGGAGAGAGUACUACUGUAAUGGAUUUAUUGACAAAAUU